UCGAAGGAAUGACUAUUAGGCAUUUCCUUAUUUGGCUUGGAGUCCCAUCCCUUCAGCUGCUGUUGGUUGACUGCCAGGCCAAUCAUACACUGCGUCCCUACAAAAGUCCGUUUGCACAGGAAUCCUUUAAAGAGUUCCCGAAGUUCAGGCCACAAAAUAAGGAUCUGGAAGCGGAAAGCAGAUCGAAAGAUGAUCAGAACGAUGAAUAUCUGAAUUCUUUGGGUCCUAUCACGUAUGUGCCCCAUCUUGCCACGGCCUCCUUAAUCUCGAACUCCAAGCAAGUGCCCAAGGGCUAUAUAACCAAAGAUAGGAAUGACAUUGGAUCUAAGGUGGUGAGAGAUGACUGGGCGGAGUAUUUGGCCACUCAGCCAGGGCUAAAGAUAUUCAUUCCCAUAUUAUUCCUGCUAUUUUUGCUGGUACCCAUCCUUGGAUUAAUUUAUGCCUGCUGUUGUGCGCGCUGCAAGAAGAACCAAAAGUCUAGUAAAAACACUCGCUACUGCUGUGGUAUCCUCUUAGCCAUUUUGGCCUUCUUGAUGCUGUAAGUAUGUAACUCGAGCAAGUCAAGUGAAGAAUAUAUAUUCCGAACCACCUCUGAUCACAUGCAUCAUCUGUAUGUUGUCAACUACAAUCAGUUAACGAGGAGGAUCGAAGGUUCCAUGAGGGAUGAACCAAAUGCCACCGAGACCUAUAUUCAGGGGGAAGUGCAUGCCGAGGAGAUCGAAGAUCUGAGUGAAGUCCUUGAGAACAUGCCGUCGAUUAAGGCACUCAUGAUAUUGUUCAAUAAGGAGUUGGGCAAUGCUGGACGUCUGGCAACUAGGUUUCGUCUUGCUUUGCAAGGGGUGAAAAGGGAUCUCACAAAGUUUCUAACCUCGGAAUGUAAGAAUUUAACCUGGGAGUGCAAGGACUUCUACCAAACCCAAAAGAUCAAGAAGCUAGACAUGGGAUGUCUGCAAUAUGAUAAAUUACCCAAAACAAAACCCCUUAUCAAAUCUGUUCAAGAUGUAAUAGACAGCAAGUUAAUCACCUACCCGCUAAAGGCAGCUCAGCAGUUGAGACAGAUUCCUCAGGCGAUCGAAGAUCAUAUGAGUGGCAUAUUAGACACUAUUAAGAAGGCUCUGGAUAAGUGCGCAAAGGAACUGCAAAGGCGAUACAAAGCAUCCUUGAAAGUGUUGGGAAGAGUCCUUGAGGAGAUAAAGAAGGAUAGGGAUGUGGUGGCGGAAAAAUCUAUAACCAGAUCUACUCCAGGUUCUGCCCUGAGAAGAAAACUGGGAUCAACAUGGUACGGAACCACCAUUGGCAUCAUUAUAUUAUUGAUGCUGGUACCUCUUCUCCUGCUGGUCAGUCUCCUGGUGGCUCUGUCCAGUCCAAAAGUGGCCAGUUGGCUGCUCUGCAUUUCUUUGAUUGCUAUUUUCAUCCUUUUCUCUAUUGGAAUUUUACUGGUUCUUUUCUAUUUGGUCCACGGAGCUUUGAUAUAUCAAGCCUUUUGCUUUAGGAGACCCUCUCCACCAUUGACCAAUAAAUACACUAAUCCGAAUGAGUAUCUCCCAGAAAAUAUUACCCUUGUUCAAUCACUUCCCAUGUUGAGAACCUCGGAUAUCCUGCAGAGCUGCGUUGGCGGUGAAAGUUUAUACAAUAUUUUGGGUUUCAAAAAUAUCUUUAACGUAGAAGGCCUUCGCGAUGAUGUGAUGAAGGAUGUUCGUGAAUCCCAGGAGAAAAUGGAGAACGCUUCCUUGCCCCACAAACUUCAGCAUAUUCAUCCCAAGGCAGCGAAUGUGGCCCGAGAGUUGUUAAGGGGCCAUCUCGCCAAAUAUGACAGCAAGCUCUUUACAAAACACAUAUGUCCUGAACUGGUGCCGGAACUGAAGCCAGGUCCCUUGCCUGAGUUGAUCGGGGAACUUAAUAACCUGUCGGAGGUCGUGGAAUCAGGAGACACUCUGAGAAACCAGUCGAUUCACCUAAGCUUCAUACAAGAAAACCUAGGUAAUCCCUUGGCGGAGAGGGUGCCAAGUUUAUUGGAAAUACUAAAGCAACUGGAUGUGCUGCUCUCAGGAGGACUUGGUAGCUUUGCCAAGUACCUGAAGCAGCUGCUGGCCAAGAUCAAGCAGGGCGACGAGUUCCUGCGACACGAUGCCAAAGGGGUGGCCGACGAGGUGGCCCGGAAUAUCAGUGGUUUUGUUGAGUCCAGCCUGGAUGAGUACGUUCGCAUGGUGGAUGAGGUCACCAAGGGCGAGAUGGAGAGCUGUGAGCCACUCACCCGAGAGGAGGACCAGGCCAAGGCAGAGUACACCGACCUAUGCAAUCGGAUUGUAAAGCCAAUGAAUGCCAUCUGGUUCUGGCUUUUCCUGUUUUCCCUGCUCCUCCUGCCCGCCCUCUGCUGCACACAUUUCCUAAGAUGCCGUUUGAAAUCCUUAAGGAACAUCUCGGAGGCCACGCUGGUUUCCUUGGGAGAGGGCAACUUUGUGGCCCCCGGCAUGCUGCCCUUGAGCUUGCCACAAUGCGAGUGCUACAGAUACCUUCCCGUUGCGGCGGAGACGAAUGUCGACUAUCUCGAGGACAGGGAAGACUUCUAUGUGGAUCAGUUGCUGUGCUGGGAGUCGCGGUCCUGGUCGGGUGAGAUGACAACCGUGAGUGUGGUUAACCAAAGUCGGGGCAUCAUGGAGGACAAUAUUGGCUGCUGUUUCAUGGACUGGCUAAUGCAGCUGCAGCAAUCCUCGUGUCCGCUGGUGAGGAUUUUAAUACUCGGAUUGGUGGCUUUGCCGGUAUACAAUACGAUUUUGAUACUGGUGGGCUGGCGCCUAAAUUCUAGUGCUUCGAGCAGUGCAGAGCGUUUGGUGCUGGACAUACGAGUGGCCCGGUCUGUGAAACGGCAUGCUCCACCACCUCCACCAGCUCCAAGGCCACCGCCGCGUCUUCGUAGGCGAAGGGCACCCAGGACGCCAACUCCAAACAGAAAAAUGCGAUUGCCAGAAGCCCAUACCAGCCAAAAGAAGCCCUUUGAUUCCACCUUGCAGCGGUCACGGGCGCAGGAGGAUCAGUACAAAAAUCUUAGGGAGAAUCUGAAGUUGGUCUUAGAGAACUUGCAGAAGCCUCCGCCAUUGUCAUUACCUCCUUCCCCCUUACUACCAGUUUUUGUACCCCCCGAAGUAGAGCCCUUGACCCCGCCUGAGUCCCUAACCCCACCGGAAUCCCCCAGAAUAGAGACGGAAAAGCGUCGCUCUAAAUUUCUUUCGGGGAUCUUGAAACGCCUUGGAUUGAACUCCUUUUGGCAGAGGUGGAAAACUCGAACGGGCAGGAAGAAACCCACCACUUCAAGGGCCAGCACUUCCUCAUCCAGUUUCUCGAGCACGGGUUCCAGCUGCUUCUACGUGUACUAAACCAGAUCUGGCCAAGAUCGAGGGCAUGGCUAGCUGAACUAUCAUUCCGUGUGAAUCUGUGCGAUAAUAUAUUUUGUUACGAUUAAAAGCGUGCUGAGGUCAACCCCGGAGGCCUUGAAACCGCGUUUUGGCUUUAUUAGAA